UUGUGUCUGUUUUUGGAAUUGAGGGAUUAACAUAUAAAACCCAACUAGUGUUGAUUUUUUCCUUCUCCAUUUAUGUACUUCCUUUCUCCAAAUUUAUAUGAGACCGUUUUCGUAUCAAGUCAAACGAACUCAUAUAAAUUUGAACAAAUGAAGGAUAAUUCUGGCUCAUAGAGUCCUCAACACAUCUUCCUUCUUCACGCCCAAUUUCAAAUAGAAUGGAGAAACUAAGAAACUUGCGGAGUGUAGGUAUUAAUUUAAGCUUAGUGGCGUUAGUCAUCUUAGUAGCAGAGCCAUAUGAAUCAUCAUUCGGUUCUAGCAGGGGAUCUGUUCAUUUCGUCUUCAAAACUGAUUAUAACGGCGCUGGCAAUGGCAUGUGCGCCUCUGCCGUCACUGUUCAUGGUUAUAAAUGCCAGGAAUUUGAGGUAACAACUGAUGACGGCUACAUACUUAGCGUGCAAAGAAUUCCGGAAGGCCGUGUAGGAGAUGGUAGGCCGAACAGGCAGCCAGUGCUGUUGCAGCAUGGCGUUCUUGUGGACGGAGUAACGUGGCUGCAGAAUUCACCAGCACAAUCACCGGCAAUGAUCUUGGCGGAUAAUGGCUUCGAUGUUUGGAUUUCCAAUAUCAGGGGAACCAGAUACAGUCGUCGCCAUGUUACUCUUGAUCCUAACAGUGCGGACUACUGGAAUUGGACAUGGGAUGAUCUUGUCGUCCAUGACUUACCUGCACUCGUUGACCUUGUCUUUAAACAAACUGGGCAGAAAAUUCACUAUAUAGGCCAUUCAAUGGGCACUUUGAUGGCUUUGGCGUCGUUUUCAGAAGGGAAACAAAUAGACAAGGUAAAAUCAGCAGCUUUGCUCAGCCCAGUUGCUUACUUGAGCCAUAUGACCACUGCACUCGGUGUCGUUGCUGCUAGAGCCUUUGUUAGCGAGAUCACGACAAUAUUUGGUCUCGCAGAAUUUAAUCCGAGGGGUGAACCUGUGUCCGAUUUUCUCAAGGCAUUAUGUGCUCAAGCUGGGGUGGACUGUUAUGACUUGAUAACUGCACUUACUGGGAAGAAUUGCUGUCUAAAUGCCUCCACGGUCGAUCAUUUCUUGAAGAACGAGCCCCAGUCUACAUCAACUAAGAACCUCGUGCAUUUGUCUCAGACUGUUAGAGAUGGUGUCUUAUCGAAAUAUGACUAUGGGAGCAAUGACUUCAAUCAGGAACAUUACGGUGAAACCAAACCUCCAAGGUACAAUUUGACAAACAUCCCUCAUGAUCUUCCACUGUUUCUCAGCUAUGGAGGCCAAGAUGCACUGUCUGAUGUUCAAGAUGUUGAGACAUUGCUUGAUUAUCUCAAGUACCACGAUGUAGACAAGCUACAUGUUCAGUAUAUCAAAGAUUACGCUCAUGCAGACUUCAUCAUUGGGAUUACUGCUAAGGAUAUCGUCUAUAACCAGAUUAUUUCCUUUUUCAGAAACCAUUGAUAAACACCUUGUUGGGAUCGAAAUAACAGGCCGUUGUGGGAAAGCUAAUACAGUGAGAUUUUGUUUUAUAAAAUGUCGCAAAAUAUGUUGAUUUGUGCGCAUAUAAAAUCUAAUCAUAACUGAAAUAUAAUGUGUGAAUAUAGUAUUUUAUUGUAACUGUAUGUGUAACA